UGAUAAUGUAGGAAACUGUUGGAUGUUGGAAACGACGUUACUCGACAAAAAUCCGUUUGACAGUUUGUAAAGUGCAAGUAUUGUUUUCGUUUCGAUAAUUCCACACUCAUCGUGCAAAAUCAGUGAGAAUGGUCGUGGAAAUCGCCGACGUGGAGAUGAAGAGCGCGGACAGUCCACCGGGUGUGGACGCCGGUGAUGGUAAAAGGGACACCGAUAUGCAGAGUAUCGUGGAAAUCCGUGAACACGCCAGGCAAAUCGAGAAGGCCGUAACUAACAAAGAGAACCGAUUCAUCCUGAGAGUCCUCAGGGGUCUUCCGAACACCAGGAGGAAGUUGAACGGUGUGGUGCUGAGGAGCCUCAUCAGCCAGAUCUAUCCGGUCGCUGAGAGGGAUGCUCUCCUUUGCUACGUUGAGGAAGCUGCCAGCAGCUCGGACACAGAGCAGACAACGAGGGGCAGGUCAGCUGUAAAAACUCCUGUCCCAGAGGUGGACGCUUACUUGCAUCUCCUCAUCCUCGUCCGCCUGAUUGAUAUCAACAAGCACGAAGACGCCAUCAGAUGCUCUCAAGGUUUGAUGAACAAGAUCAGCAGUCAGAACCGCAGGACAUUGGAUUUGAUAGCAGCGAAAUGCUAUUUCUACCAUUCGAGAGUUGCUGAGCUCAGCGAUAAGCUGGACACGAUCAGAUCGUUUUUGCAUGCGCGUCUCCGCACUGCUACAUUGAGGAACGAUUUCGAGGGACAGGCGGUACUUAUUAACUGCUUGCUGCGUAAUUACUUGCAUUACUCCCUGUACGAUCAAUCCGAUAAAUUGGUUAGUAAAUGCGUUUUCCCGGAGACGGCGAGCAACAACGAGUGGGCCAGAUUCCUGUACUAUUUGGGUAGGAUAAAGGCGGCGCGUUUGGAGUACAGCGUGGCGCACAAGCACCUGGUGCAGGCCAUGAGGAAGGCUCCGCAGAACGCCGCCGUCGGCUUCCGGCAGACCGUGCAGAAAUUCUUGAUCGUCGUCGAGCUGCUGCUUGGUGACAUCCCUGAGAGACAGAUCUUCAGGCAGGCCAGUAUGAGGAGGUCUUUGGGCCCCUACUUCCAAUUGACCCAAGCCGUACGCAUGGGUAAUCUUCAACGAUUCGGCGAAGUCCUGGAGAACUUCAGCCCCCAGUUCAGGCAAGAUCACACUUUCACUCUGAUCCUGCGUCUGAGACACAACGUGAUCAAAACGGCGAUCAGAUCGAUCGGGUUGUCUUACUCGAGGAUAUCGCCGCAGGACAUCGCCAAGAAGUUGGGUUUGGAUUCUGCCGAAGACGCCGAGUUCAUCGUGGCCAAAGCGAUCCGCGACGGCGUCAUCGAGGCUACUUUGGAUCCGCAGGGUGGAUUCAUGAGGAGCAAGGAGAGCACCGACAUCUAUUGCACGAAGGAACCGCAAUCCGCUUUCCAUCAGCGCAUCUCCUUCUGCUUGGAUCUGCACAAUCAGAGCGUGAAAGCUAUGAGAUAUCCGCCGAAAGCGUACGGCAAGGAGCUGGAGUCUGCGGAGGAACGACGCGAAAGAGAGCAGCAGGACCUGGAGUUGGCCAAGGAGAUGGCUGAGGAGGAUGACGACGGUUUCCCUUAAAUCGGAGGAAUCCGCAACGUUCAUAUAAUCGCGUUAUUUAUAUAAGUGGAGUGAAAAUAUAUGAUAUCUAAUAAUUAUACUAUUUAGUUCUCGUUUCGUCACUGAAUAAAACAACUAAUUCUGUU